CUGUUGCUCACAGACGCGUUCACUGCAGCGCACGCGAGCAAACAGCCCAUCGGUAACUUCUAUAACUUCUGCUCCAGCUCUGGUUUCAACUUCGGCUUUAGGAGCUCACUAAUUCAUUACAUUCCGGUCCGACAAAGAAUGCAUUUUUCCGACAGCUUAGGUACAAUGACCGCAUUCUGCCGCAGAUCAACAGAUUAGAGGAGUGAGAUCUGCUCUCUACAGUGGGCUGCUGUGCUUUUACUGUGACCCAAAGUUUUGGCCACAGGUAGAGAAAAAGUAAAGACCCAUAUCAACCAUGGAUAUUGGCAAUGAUGUAGAUUUAUCCAAUGAUAACAUCACACCAUUGUGGAAGCGCCGCACAGAUGGUAAAAACUCCAAGGACUUGAGCAAACCUAAACCGCGACCUCUCAGUUACCACAUAAAUGGGGUCACAACUACAGAUUUCCCUGGAGAGGACAACAAAUGUUCCUUUACUCUAAGCCAGCCAAAUCAGACACUGGUAGUCACACCCCAGGGUAUGGGCAGGAACACUGUGGUGUUGAAGCAUGUUUUACAUAAACCCUCGAGGAAAAACCGAGUUGUACGGAGCAUCAGCAUCGGGCAUCUCUCCAGUGGACGUUUCUCACUGUCCAAAUUCAGGUCUGAGGAUAACAGAUCUGCUUCACUGGACAACAGAGUACAUAAUGGGGACUAUGAUCACAAGAACACAAGUAAUGGACAAACUGUAUGGUCUGAAAAGCAUCCCAAAGGAAUUCACAUACACACAUCCAAUCCUCUCAGCCUGAGCUUGCAGAAAGAUGAGACAAAUUCAUCUUCCCCUGAAGCUGCUCACCUCAACCGGUCUUCACCUGUCAUGUCUCCAUACACACCUAACAACUAUUGUGAACUGUCCUCCCUUUCAUCCACAUCCAGUUCCUCUCCUCCAUCAGGACGUACCCUCACUCCUUCCCACAGCUCCACCUCCAGUAUCCCCUCACUCUCGUCCUUGACAUCCUCAGACCCUCCGACCCCACGCUCCCCAUCACCAGCAGACAGAGGUCAGGCACUGCUCAGACAAUCUCAGACAUCCUCGCCUGCAUCCUCACAGGACACCAGGCAUGCCUCCUCCCUUUCUUCCCUCUCCUCCACCUCGCCUUCUCCCUCAUUGUCCCCAACUCUCCCUCCCUCUCCUUCCAUUGUCCUCAGCACCAACAGUCCCGCUGCCCUGAAGAUGGGCACCCACCAGCUCAUUCCUAAAAGCUUAGCGUCUGAUAUUCGGCAGAGCAAGGUGCCUCCCUCUGGGAUGCAAGGCCAAGGUUUAACAGGGCGGCUGGGGUUGGAGAAUUCUAAACGAUCAUUGAAAACGCUCAGUAUGGUGGAAACAGGAACCUAUUUUUCUACUGGAGGGGGUUACAUGGAAGGAGCAGAUGGAGAAAGUAAGAGCCCGGGGACAUUAAGGAGAGGCUUGAGGAGUAUGUCUUACCGGAAGGCAGUUGUGAGUGGAAUAGAGCAGGACGUCUCAUCAGUAGACCCAAAGAACCAUCGGUUAUCCCAGCCUACCACCAGAAAACCUGCUUUGGAUAAUCUAGCGUCACCCGUUAGCCCAACCAGUCCUGGCACGAAAAGCCUCACUAGUCCUGGAACGGCCAAGCCAGCGAGCCCUGGGACACCGAAACCUGCAAGCCCCAGGAUUUCAAAAAGUUCUAGCCCUAGCUUGGAAAAACUUAAAAGUGAUGGAAAAAACAAGAGUCCAGAUAAGAAAGUUUUGACCACUCAGCAGACCUUUGAUAGUGAAGAAGAGGAAUUGUACCAGAACUACCAGGAGAAGGCCCUACACAAUGAUUCAGAUGAGGAUGCCGAUUCAAAGGAAGCCAAACCUGAUAAUGGCAUUGUGGUGCAGUACAGGCCCAUACGUACCUCCUGGAGCCAGCUCAGUGUGGUAAAGAAAAGUGGCUUGUCCAACCAGAUGAGUCAGGAGGAGCGCAAAAGACAAGAGGCCAUUUUUGAGGUCAUCUCGUCAGAGCACUCUUACCUCCACAGUCUGGAGAUCCUGAUCCGCUUGUUUAAAAACUCUGCAGAGCUCAGCGAAACCAUGACCAAGACAGAACACCACCACCUCUUUUCCAACAUCACAGAUGUUUGUGAGGCAAGCCAAAAAUUCUUCAAGGAACUUGAGGAAAGGCACCAACAGAGCAUAGUCAUCGAUGACAUCAGCGAUAUUGUUUGCAAGCAUGCUCACUCCAGUUUUGAUCCUUAUAUCACAUACUGCUCCAAUGAAGUCUACCAGCAGAGAACCCUGCAGAAGCUGGUGUCCAAGAAUCCUGCUUUUAAGGAGGUACUGACAAGGAUAGAGGGCCACCCAGACUGUAGGAACCUCCCCAUGAUCUCCUUCCUGAUCUUGCCCAUGCAGAGGAUCACUCGCCUGCCACUGCUCAUGGAUACAAUUUGUCAGAAGAUGCCUAAAGAGUCAGCUCAAUAUGAAGAGUGCAAGAAGGCUUUACAAGCAGUCAGCAAGGUGGUGCGAAGGUGCAAUGAAGGAGCUCGCAGAAUGGAGAGAACAGAAAUGAUGUACACCAUCAACUCUCAGCUAGAGUUCAAGAUCAAGCCUUUCCCGCUGGUCUCAUCCUCCAGGUGGAUGGUGAAAAGAGGUGAGCUGACAGCAUUCGUAGAGGACAGUGGCAUCUUCCUCAAGCGAACCUCACGGCAGCAGGUGUAUUUCUUCCUCUUCAAUGACGUUCUCAUCGUCACCAGGAAGAAGAGCGAGGACAGCUACAGUGUGAUAGACUACGCUCUGAGGGAUCAAAUCUGGGUGGGAACCUGUCAGCCCGAGGACCUCAACCUGUCACCCGUCAGAAGCACCACCAGCAUGCUGAGCUCCCGGCAAGCCAGUGCCAGUCAUCUCUUCCAGCUGUGUUUCUGUAGCAACCACUCUGGUGAAAAAGUGCCCAUGAUCCUAGGAACAGAGUUGCUGAAUGAGCGAGCUCGAUGGAUCAGUUCUCUGGACCGGACCGUCAACAACAAUAAGAGUCAGGACAGAACUGAAGUCAUCCAGGUGGAGGUGACCAGAACUUACACAGCUAAGCAGCCAGAUGAGUUGUCGCUACAGGUGGCUGAUGUGGUGCUGGUCUCGCAGUCUGUAGAUGAUGGCUGGUAUGAAGGUGAGCGACUGCGUGAUGGAGAGAGGGGAUGGUUUCCAGCAGAAUGUGCCGAACGAAUCACAUGCAAGGCCACCAUUGAACGCAACAUGCAGAGGAUGGAUCGCCUGCAGGAGCUGGAGACUAAUGUGUGAUAGACAAUAAAAUGGCUACUUAAACCUCAGAAAGCUUCACUGGGCUGAUAGUGACCCUUUGACACACAAGUGUCCUGGCUUUUUAAGCAUUGAACCCUGACAAAUAAGUUCAGUGACAGCAUCAGUGACCUGCCUGUGAGGACCAAGUGAAGCUGCACUGCUGCUGGAUCCUUACAGUGGGAUUAAGAGUAAGUCAUAAUCUUGCUCUCAUCCUCUAAACAUCAGCCUCCCUGUGUUGGGUUUCAGGCUGUUUAGAGCAAACACAUGGGAGGGACAGAUUUUCUUAAUUAGCAAUUUUUCCCCGUGUGGGCGAGGUGAAUUGACAGUGGAAUCUGUCACACCGAUUAAUUCCUUGGCUGUUUGGAAAACUUCACACCCACAGCUUUCAACUCUCUGCCACAUUAUUGCUGGUGUGAAGUUUGUAAAUGUUUUUCAAACAUAUUCUUUGUAAGUGCUGUGCAGUGUAAUGACUACAGUUCCACUGUAGGAGGUAAAGUAGACCAAUUAGUGAAAAAUCGACAGCAGCCUGGAGUGCGUUCUGAUAAUGAGGCUCAGGCCAUGUGAUGAAGCGCAUCACCAGUAACGAGAAUAUUUAGAUGCUGAUUGUGAAUGUGAUAAGGCAAAAUGGUGAGAACAGCAGCUUCUUUAUAAAAUCUCCAGUGAGGCUUUCAAGUUAUUAAAUAUAAGUUGCUAUAUUCUGAACCUCUACAUAUAUUAAUUAUUUUUCUCUGAAAUCUGAGGCACUUUGUGUAAAAGUAAGUAAUGAUCGGGCAUAUUACAAAUCAGAGAAGAGUGGUCUCUUAAGUCAUCCACAGGUUAAGGAGAAGAGCCAAGUAUCUGUCGUCUACUUUGCUGUUUGUCACCGGCUAAUGUCACCAUCAUGAAUCAGACUCUACAUUUGUGUCACGAGUACCAUUAUUCUCUCCAUCCACUCAGUGAUUGGGACAGCCAUAAAUAUCACAGUUGACGCCAGCCAGAGGUGGCUGCAUGUAACACUUCUUAGGAUUUAUAUUUCUGAUGUUAUAGAAAUUAAUGCAUGCAUGUGUACGUGCAGAUGGUGAGAUUGGAAGAGAUGAGCAAACCUGCCUGGCUCCGCUUUUAAUGUGAUUAUCCAGUGUGAGUCAUCUUUUUAGUGUUGCCCAGCUAAAGGAAAUUAAUGGCUUGGCCAGAGGAUGCUGAUAACACCAUCUAUCAAGCCCACUGCUCUGGAACCAGCCCAGAAGAUGACCACAACCACUGAUCUACACAAACUGAGAUUUGGUAGCAGGCAGGGCAACAAUCAGGAUGGACACAAGUCUGCAGACUCUCAGCGUUUUGUUUGCACUCAGGGAAAAUGAGCCAUUUGAUAACCAUAUCUGAGCAUGAACUGAUUUUGUUUCAACAAUUUUCUGUCCUUGUAACUAUUGUAAAUCAUCUGUGUACAUGUAAAUAUGUAAAAAAAAAAAAAAAAGCCUAAACUGUAACAUGCAUGUUUUCAUAAAUACAGAUUUAUAUUGAAAAAUGUCCCUAUAUUUUAAUCAGCCUUUAAUAAAAACGUAAUUGCUUGGA